AGAUGGCGGCAAUCGAAACGAAAUCGUGAUCGAAAGUUACAAAUUCCAUCCGUCCAGGGCACACAGAGAUAUUAAGAUGGUUGUGUGUAAGUUUUAUCUACAGGGAAGUUGUAAGUUCGGAAGCAGAUGUUUUAACGAACAUCCUCGUGGGCAAGGCUACCAGCAGCAGUCUUACAGUGGAGGCUACGGUGGAGGCGGCCAGCGAGGUGGUUAUGGGGGUGGUGGCGGUCAGCAUGGUGGCUACGGGGGCGGUGGUCAGCGUGGAUCAGGUUACGGUGGCAGUGGUCAGCGUGGUGGUUACAGGGGAGGUGGUCAGCGAGGUGGCUAUAGUGGUGGUGGUGGGGGCAGCUACGGAGGAGACUAUGACUCCAGAGGUGGGGGCUUCGGCUACAGCGGCGGUGGCAGCAGGAGAGAUGACUACGGUUCAGGUGGAGGUGGUGGGUUUGGUGGAGGACAGAGAGGAGGAGGAUUCGGAGGGGGAGGUUCUUUUGGUCGUCAGAAAGGCUUUGGAGGCCAGCAGAGCCAACAGACUUUUGGCUUCAAGAGUCAGAACAAGUUUGACACACUAUCCACGAAAGAUGGCGACCCAACUCCAGAACAAAUCAUAGAAACUAUUGUGAAGGACAUGGAAAUCUGGGAAACAUCGAGGAUGUGGCCGUUUUCCUGUUACUGCUACACCAAGGACCUGAAGAGCAUACUGGGCUUUGAAGACAUCUCUGUUGAAGAGGUUAGAUGGGAGGCAUACCAAGCUGAGGCUGCUGGAACAUUCAACAGCUAUGUGGAAGGGUUGACACAGAUGAUGAAGAAGUACAAGAACAAAAAAGACGAAUACAGGAGACCAGAUAUCAACGUCAAGGCACAAAUUAUUGCUGAACUACAAGGCAGUAGCAGCCAAUCCGUGUUUGGCGGAGGCCAACAAGGUUUUGGAGGUUUUUCAGCACCCAGCCAAGUGAGUGGUGGAAGUAGUGGUUUCUUUGGAGGCAGCAGUCAGUCACAAGGUGGUUUUGGAUCAUCUGCCAGCAUGGCUACUUCAGGGUUUGGUCAAGGCUCGGCAUCCAGCACAGGGUUCGGAGGCAGUUCUUUCGGAAGUGCACCAUCUGGGACAGCAGGUGGUUUUGGUACCUCAUCAUCAGGUGGCACCUUUGGAGCCUCUGCAUCAACCACCCCUGGUGCAGGGCUGUUUGGGCAGCAAAGUCAGGCCCCUGCCAGUGGCGGCUUUGGGUUCGGCAGUGCAGGAGGUCCUGCAAAUGUAUUUGGAAGUUCCACUACCACAUCACAAAGCACAGGAUUCGGUGGGACUGCGACGUCUAGUGGGUUUGGAGCUCAGACAGGUACAGGUUUUGGCGGGAGCUCUGCAACAGGAAAUGUAGGAUUUGGUGCUGCAACAGCAACUGCAGCCACAACAGGGCAGACAGCCGCAGGGACAGAUGAUAUUACAUACACUCCAACAGACAAACUAACACCAGACGAACUGGAACAAUUCAAGGCAGCAACUUUCACAAUAGGGAGGGUUCCUACCAGGCCACCACCAAGGGAGUUCUGCUAAAAUACCUGUCUAAAGAAAAGGACUAUCUAGUUGCCUUACCAUUGGUCAAUAUCAAAAUGUCUAACAUACUUGUCUAAAUUUUCCUAGUUACAGAUAUGACAUUCAUGAAAGACACUGAAAUGCAUACUGACAAAAAAGAACUUUAUUUUUCAUACUUAAAUGUACUGUCAUGUCUAUUUGAUAAUGAAUAAAGA